UGUACACUCAAGUACAACACACGCAAGAUGGAGCCGUUUGACGUGAUAGUUGUUGGUGCUGGCAUCCAAGGUUGUUCUACAGCUUACCAGCUUGCGAUACGUGGUCAACGCACUCUUCUGUUGGAACAGUUUGAUGCAUUGCAUACACGUGGUAGUUCCCACGGUGCUAGUCGCAUUACCAGGAUGGCAUACGACCGUCAUCAUUAUGCCGAGAUGAUGAAGGAAGCAUUUCCUAUGUGGGACGAGAUCGAGAAAGAAUACGGACAGCAAAUAUUUGUUCGCACUGGAUUUCUGUUUGUGGAUGUACCCGGUGGAGAUGGUCAAACGACAGUUGAACGAGUGCUGAAACGAGUCAACAUUCCCAUGGAAACCUUAGACGACGAGGAAUUCAGACGUCGAUAUCCGAUGUUGCGAUACAGCAAAAGUGUGAAAGGUACACUCGAGAGAUUUGGUGGCAUCCUGCUGGCUGACAAAGCACGACAAUGUCUACAAGAGCUAUUUUUGAAACACGGAGGAACGGUGAAGACCAACGAGCGCGUGCUGCACGUGCAACCAGGGGCCAUCAUCACUGUCCACACAUCAAAGGCAACCUACAAGGCUCGAAGCGUAGUACUCACUGUUGGUGCUUGGGCAUCAGAAUUGGUUAAAAGUCUUGGCAUAGAGCUGCCAUUACAAUUGAAGAGAAUCAGUGUUUGUUACUGGAGGGUAGAUAGGCCGGAGGAUUGGGAUGCUGACCACUUUCCGGCGUAUGUUGAUUUCUCGGGAAAGCACCACAUGUAUGGCGUGCCGGUUUAUGAAUAUCCGGGUCUUUACAAGCUGUGUUGGCAUCACGGUCCAACACUUACAAGUCCCAACGAGCGAGACCAAGUCGACGACUCGGCAGCAGUACACACAGUCAGUCAAUACAUCAGAGAGCACAUGGCAGGGAUGAGCGACACACCAAGCAUAAUCGAACCGUGCAUAUACACAUGCACACCUGAUAACGAUUUUAUUCUCGACAAACACCCGAACCACUCAAAUAUUGUUAUCGGAGCUGGAUUUUCUGGCCAUGGUUUCAAGCUAGCACCGGUUGUCGGUCGCAUACUGGCUGCACUCGCCAUCGGCGAAGACACACAAUACGAUAUGAAACCAUUCAAAAUCACCCGAUUUGGAAAGACAGUGACGUCAUCACUAUGACUG